AUGUUUCAAGGCUACGCGGUGGUACCGGAGGAAGAUUCGACUAGUGAGAAUUCAAGUAUUCACUUUUCUUGCAUCGGCGUUAUUCUGGCAACAACUAUUUUAUCACUUGAGUUGACAAAGACAUCUCAAUUGCACAGAUGUGAAACGCCUCCUACAAGACGCGAAUGGCGCAGCUUCUGGCCUCAUGAAAAGCAGAACUAUAUACAUGCUGUUCAAUGCUUGCAAGGUCUGCCUUCUCAAAUUACCAACCAAGGAACCUUGUUUGAUGAUUUUGUGUAUGUGCAUAUGUGGGAAGGAUGGAAAUCUCAUGAUGCUGCUUCAUUUCUACCUUGGCACCGGGCAUUUUUACACAUUUAUGAGCAGACUCUGGCCAAAAAAUGCCACUACCGUGGUAGCAUGCCGUACUGGGAUUGGGAAGUUGACUGGCAAAAUCUCGCCAACUCUUCCAUCUGGGACCCCGAGGAAGGUUUCGGCGGCGAAGGCGAUCCUAACAGCCCACUUAGUCCCGGCGACGGUCAUUGUCUGAUAGAUGGACCAUUUAAAGGCGCACAACGACUGUACUUCAACGGCGAAGUGAAUCCUCACUGUCUUGGACGCGCGUUUAUACACUUUGAAACCCAACAGAAAGGCGCUCUAUCUGGCUUCCAUUUUCGACCGGAAAACAUGGGUAUGCUAAAGACUGCCUCCGAUUUCAAUAAGUUCAGAGAAAUCCUAGAAGACGCAGCACACAACGCAUUGCACUGGGGGAUCCGUGGCGAUUUCAGCUCAAUUUCUGCCGGGAAUGAUCCAAUAUUUUGGCUACAUCAUGCUCAACUAGAUCGACUUUGGUGGCACUGGCAGCAGGAAGACCCCAAAGCUCGAGAAACCCAGUAUUAUGGAAAGGCUUUCAAUACCUCAAAUGACCAACAUCGUCAAGGCACACUUGACGAUAAACUUUCGUUCUUAGGGCUGUGGGAAGAUAUUAAGGUCUCUGAGGUUAUGAGAACAGACAGUGGCCUCUUGUGUUAUCGAUAUUAG